AAUCGUUGGUCGGAGUGGGCCACGCCCCUUUCGGAGGAAAGAUGGCGGCGGCGGCGAGGGCGGAGGGUGCGAGUGGCACCCAGGGACUGCCAAGUAGGUUCCCCCCUCAGGAGCGGGGCUUCUGUGGGAAAUCAGUAACUGAGAGCUGACGUUCCUGUUGUGCUGGGAUAUUCUUGAUUUGAGGAAAGUAUUAUGGAUCAUGAUGCCCCAACCAUCAAGCCUCGUCGGAUCCAGAAUCAGAACGUCAUUUAUCGUUUAGAACGUCGGAGGAUCACCUCUGGAAAAACUGGGACUCACUGGCACCAAGUCCGCAUCUUCCAUCAAAAUGUUUUCCCCAAUUUUACCAUUGUUAAUGUUGAAAAACCUCCCUGUUUCUUACGGAAGUUUUCCCCUGAUGGGAGGUACUUCAUUGCCUUCUCCUCAGAUCAGACCUCUUUGGAGAUCUAUGAAUAUCAGGGCUGUCAAGCGGCCGAAGACCUCCUCCAGGGCUAUGAUGGGGAGAUCUUGGCUAAUGGCAAUGACCAGAGAUCCAUCAACAUUCGUGGGCGCCUCUUUGAGCGUUUCUUUGUCCUCCUUCACAUUACCAAUGUGGCGUCUAAUGGUGAGCACUUGAACCGUGAAUGUAGUUUAUUCACAGACGAUUGCCGCUAUGUCAUUGUUGGCUCUGCUGCCUACUUACCUGAGGAACCCCACCCUCCUUUUUUUGAGGUUUACCGCAACAGUGAAUCAGUCACGCCGAAUCCCAGAUCCCCUUUGGAAGAUUACUCUUUGCACAUCAUAGACCUUCACACAGGCAGGCUGUGUGACACUCGGACGUUCAAAUGUGACAAAGUUAUCUUGUCCCAUAACCAAGGACUGUACUUAUAUAAGAAUAUCUUGGCUAUUCUGUCUGUGCAGCAGCAAACCAUCCAUGUCUUUCAGGUAACACCUGAAGGCACCUUCAUUGAUGUACGGACAAUAGGUCGUUUUUGCUACGAGGAUGACCUCCUCACACUUUCUGCUGUAUAUCCAGAAGUCCAACGGGAUUCUCAGACAGGCAUGGCAAACCCAUACAAAGAACCAUUCAUAAAUUCCCUGAAACACAGACUGUUGGUGUACUUGUGGCGAAGAGCAGAGCAGGAUGGGAGUGCCAUGGCUAAAAGGAGGUUCUUCCAGUAUUUUGACCAACUGAGGCAGCUACGCAUGUGGAAGAUGCAGCUAUUGGAUGAAAACCAUCUUUUCAUUAAAUAUACAAGUGAGGAUGUCGUCACAUUACGAGUGACAGACCCUUCACAGCCCUCGUUUUUUGUUGUUUAUAACAUGGUGACCACUGAGGUGAUUGCUGUCUUUGAGAACACAUCGGACGAGCUCCUGGAACUCUUUGAGAACUUUUGUGACCUUUUCCGGAAUGCCACACUCCACAGUGAAGCAGUUCAGUUCCCUUGUUCAGCUUCAAGCAACAAUUUUGCAAGGCAGAUCCAACGCCGCUUCAAGGACACAAUUGUGAACGCGAAGUAUGGAGGACACACAGAGGCUGUGCGCCGGCUGUUGGGCCAGCUUCCGAUCAGUGCUCAGUCCUACAGCGGCAGCCCCUACCUCGACCUCUCCCUCUUCAGUUACGAUGACAAGUGGGUCUCGGUCAUGGAACGCCCCAAGACAUGUGGGGACCAUCCAAUCAGAUUCUAUGCUCGAGAUUCUGGUCUUCUGAAGUUUGAAAUCCAAGCAGGACUCCUGGGCCGGCCAAUCAACCACACUGUCCGGCGCCUGGUUGCAUUUACUUUCCACCCUUUUGAGCCCUUUGCGAUCUCGGUGCAGCGGACUAAUGCUGAGUAUGUGGUGAACUUCCACAUGAGGCACAGCUGCACAUAGCCAAUUCCUCCUCUGUGCCAGCCAUGCGCUUUGAAUAUAUGCAUUCAGUCAUGGGCACACCAAAGCUAGACUUGUAUUCUAGGAAACCAAACAGAUGUACCCCUUUUAAAGAGGUAACCGUGCUAUGCAUUUCAGCCCAAACUGUUUGGCCCUGAAGAUUCAGCCAAAUGGUGUUGAAUCUAGAAUUGUUGUUAUAUUCAUCUUUCUGUUCAUGUGAACUGAAGCAGAAUAACAGAGAGAAAGCAUCCACAUUUCAACAAAGGUCUUAAUCUGCUCAUUUUGUAUCCAUCUCUGCCCCUUCAGCUCUGUUUUCUGACUGUGAGCUGUGAGCGCACCAUUUCAUGAUCCAGAAAAUCUCUUAGAAAGGCUGCUUACAAAUCCUUACAUUAUUUUUUUCCCCAAGACAUGAUGCCCCUUAAGCUUUCCCACAUCCCAAGGGCUGCUGAUGCUCAAGGGUGGUCUGUGCAGAGGUGAGAGAAUAUACAGUAACUUAGGUACAUAAUGAUGCUGUCAUUAAUCUAUCCUAGUUACUGAAAAUACUACAGGAAAGGACUAAGCUUUCUUAAAGUCAUUGGUCAUGGAUCAAAUCAGAAAGCCACCUCUCUUCUUUCAUCAACUUCCAAACAUAUUGAAGUGCUGGAUAUUCUGUACAAGAAAUGUACAGCUCCUUACAUUUUAUCUCCGAUUUCACUGCCUUGAGGAUCCAUUUCUGUCAUACCCUACUAGUUCUGCGUUGGAGGCAAAGUCAUUUAUUAAGGUGUACCCUGAAUGUCUUUCAGGCCUUGCAGGCUCUCAGUGAGUUGACAAGAAUUAUGCUAUAGCUCUUUUAAUUGUGAAAGAACCUUGUAGGCAGCAGAGGUAUCUUUGCAAACGGGUCGCUCCAUGGGCAUUUAGAUUAUGGUACGACUCACAUAUCCGCAAGGAUAUAUGUCCCAAGAUCCUAUGGAUAUCCGGAAUUGGAUCAUAAUGAACCCUAUAUUUUAACUAUAUUUUGAAGCAUAUCAUAGAAUAGCACUGGAGGACCUAGAGAGGCCCACACACUCUUCUGGGGGAAUAUAUUUAGGAGCAUGGGUACGCAAAACCAUUGAUAUCAAGUAUGUAGGUAAGGAAGCCAUGCUGUCGUUCCACAGUUCUGUGGUUUGCCUGAAGCUACAAAGCCCUGAAAGUUCUUAUUGCUUUUGGAAUAUGCAACAUGAAACUGCAUCCUUGACUUCUGAGCUGAGAUAAAUGAACACUUGUGAAGGCAUAUAUACCUCCUGGAUUACGUAUAAGCUGGAAAGUAAACAAAAACAGGAUUCAAAAGCAGUGACAUUGUCUUGGGUGAAAACUGGAUUUUCUGUGAGAUAAAAAGAUCAUGGCCGCUUUCUAUUGGAUGAAACGAAUGAAGAAGAAAAUUAUCUGUUCAGACUUUUUUGCCUCUGAACGUUGCUUGUAUUCUUUUUUCUCAAACAGCUGUAUGCAGUACUAGUCACACUUUCAUUGUGUCCGCCAUGUCAUGCGGAGACAGUGUUAGCACUGGCAAGAAGUGUGAUAUCCUUCUUGGGAGACGGUCAAGCAUCUGCUCCACCUGAAAAUGCCUGUUGCUUUUUUGUGCGAUUUAUGAAGCAGAGGAAAAUUAUAGCAUACAAUGCAAAGCAACCUGACAAGUUAACUUAUUGUAAACCUUUGGAAUUUGGUAGAUAGAGAUCAACUAUUACAAUAUUUUUGGUUGACUCCUUACUUCCUGCAUUUUGUGGAUAUAUGGUAGGUGACAAAUUUUGGGCCUAGAUAGGGAGAAUGUGAUAAGAACUGAAUCAGCAUUAUUUCAUAAUGUUGUGCUCUAUAAGAUCAUAAGAUGGCCAUGGGAAGCACACAAACACAAUGCAGUUGUAAUGGCCUAUUGUCUCUGAUACCGGACGCAGUUGUAACCAUUUGGCCUGCAGUCAUUGAUAGGAAUAGAUGGCAUGAUUCUUGAACACCGUCCUUCCUUGCUCUUCUUUCAAAAAUCCAUUCAUUAAUUUCUUCAUGGUUUAUAAAACUUCUCAGUGAUCUUACUGAGUUGGCAAAAUGUUUUCACAAAUUUUCAGAUGUAAUUUGGAAAAGAGGUGGGAAAUCCACAAGUGGAUCUUGUCGUUCUCCCUGCUAAAACCUCAAUUGAAAUGCCCCUUUAAUCAGAGUAAUUAUAUGCCAAGAAGGUGGAUUUUAGCUUUCUUCCACGUGCCAUUUUCCUGAUUAAACAGUCCUCAAACCUGAUAUUUGGCCUCCAUUGGGGAAGGUCACAAAUACCUGUAAUAUAAAUAUAGCACCUUGUAGCAUCAUAUAUGGGAGAGCAAAGCAUUGUUGAUGACAUUCAAGAUCUGCCUAGCCUGAUGAAUGUAAAAACAUUGCAAAUCUUGUGUUGGCUUUGACAAAAGUAGGGAGAGAUACCUAUCUGUGACAUUGCCUCUCUGAAUUCACCAUGUAAGCCUUUUGUUGGGGAAUGCGAAAAGAGGGCAAAUAUUGGUGCUUCACUUUUUUCUUUCCUUUCUGACGGGAUGUAAAUUUGUUAACGACAUGAGUUAAAGACAAAAUAAAUCACAAUUCUAUUUUUGAGAAA